AUGGUCGAAGCCUCCAGCAGAUUAGGAGAAAUGUGGUCACUUAACCUUGGUGCUGAAUCAGCAGCAGCCUUCAGCUGGCCAAUCCUCAGUGCUAGCAUAUUCGUACUUGUUGCUCUUCUUCUCUCCAUGUACCUUAUCUUCGAGCAUUUAGCUGCUUAUAAUCAACCAGAGGAGCAGAAGUUUCUGAUUGGUCUCAUUCUAAUGGUUCCUGUUUAUGCACUGGAAUCGUUUUUGUCGCUGUUGGACUCAAAUGCUGCCUUCAACUGCGAAGCAAUUCGGGACUGCUAUGAAGCUUUUGCAUUAUAUUGUUUCGAGCGAUACCUGAUAGCCUGCUUAGGUGGUGAGAAGAGGACAAUUGAAUUUAUGGAGAGUCAGAGCGUACUCGAUUCCAGUACACCUCUUUUGAAAGAUGCUUACGCUUAUGGAGUUGUAGAGCAUCCCUUCCCACUAAAUUGCCUCAUAGGUGACUGGCCUCUUGGUCCCACAUUCUACCAUGCUGUGAAAGUGGGCAUCGUUCAGUAUAUGAUACUGAAAUUGAUCUGCGCUUUUCUCGCAAUGAUUCUUGAGACUUUUGGUGUUUAUGGAGAAGGGACAUUUGACUGGAGAUAUGGCUAUCCUUACUUGGCAGUUGUUCUUAAUUUUAGUCAGACGUGGGCCCUAUAUUGCCUUGUGCAGUUUUACUCUGUUAUUAAAGACAAAUUACAACCCAUUAAACCAUUAGCGAAGUUUCUGACUUUCAAGUCAAUUGUGUUCUUGACAUGGUGGCAAGGUAUCGCUGUUGCGUUUCUUUUCUCUAUGGGUGCCUUCAAAGGGUCUUUGGCUCAAGAGCUGAAAACUCGCAUACAAGACUAUAUCAUAUGCAUAGAGAUGGGUGUGGCUGCUGUGGUUCACCUUUAUGUCUUUCCAGCAGUACCUUACAAACGAGGAGAAAGAUGUGUGCGUAAUGUUGCUGUGAUGACUGACUAUGCAUCAUUGGGAGCACCUCCUGAUCCAGAGGAGGUACGUGAUUGUGAAAGAACAACCAGAGUACAUCUGGCACGGCAUGAUGAGAGAGAAAAGCGCUUGAAUUUCCCCCAAAGUGUUCGUGAUGUGAUUUUUGGAAGCGGUGAAAUUAUUGUUGAUGACAUGAAGUAUACAGUUUCCCAUGUGGUAGAACCAGUCGAAAGAGGAUUUGCAAAGAUAAAUAAAACCUUGCAUCAGAUAUCUGAGAAUGUGAAACGCCAUGAGGAGCAGAGGAAGAGCAUAAGGGAUGAUAGUUAUGUUAUCCCCUUGAAUUCAUGGAAUAGAGAAUUUUCUGAAGUUCGUGACAAUCUUGUUGAAGGGAGUAUCAGUGACAGUGGUUUGUCUAGUGGGAGGAGACAGCAGUCCCAGUCUAAAGCUUCAACAUCUCGGAAUAGAGCAUGGAGAUGA